CAGAACGGGAGUUAACUCACAUGUCAGCGAAGGACCCUUCCCUGAACCGCUAAGCGGUCUGAAAACAGUACCCAUGGAUGACUUAGGAGAUACAGCGCAAUGGACUAUGAUGAAGAGCUAAGAUGUCCAGUGUGUUUUUUGUUACUGGUAGAUCCAACCACACUAAACUGUGGACACACUAUGUGUAAAUUAUGCCUUGCUAGAUGGUAUAAUGUAUCAAAAAAGAAGGAAUGCACAGUAUGUCGCCAGCAGUGGGAAGGUCAGCCUAAAGUCAACACAACAAUAAGGAAUAUAAUCAACAAGAUGCAUUAUCGGCAGCUUGUGAUGCGUGAAAAAGACCUCCAGCAAGACCCAGAAAAUGCUGCUCAACUCCAAGAGUUUGAAAAAUGCAUGAACACAAUGAUGACUGCCCAACCACAGAAAGCAGAUGUUUCAUCUUUCUUUAAAGGCAUUCUUCUAACUUUAGUAGUUGUCAUGAUUAUCUACCUUUUUAACUAUUGGCAUAACUUUGGGGGUCGUGACCAACUGGUAAAUAAACCAGUUGCCUUUUGGCGAACUUCCGAUGUUGUUAAGUGGCUGAACAGCAUGCAAUGGGCCAGUAAUUACUCCCAGAAUGCUCAGAUGUUAGGGAUAGAUGGUCACAUGCUUCUUGAUGGGAAUGAGUUGAAGCUUCUGGAACUGCUGAAUGUGACAGAUGUUGCUCACCAGAAUGUCUUUCAGAUGACCAUACACUCUCUCCGAAGCACUGGUGUAAAAAUGCCAUCAACCCUUUGGGAGUACAAGGCACUCUACCCAGGCCGUUCCUUAUUUCUUGUAUAUGCACUCAAAGAAUUUCCACGAAGUACAAUGCUGCUGAAUUACUUCUUUUAUUAUGAAGAGUCAUUCCUGCCAUUCAUGUAUACAACAACAUCAACAAAUGGAAGAGAUUCCCUGACCUUUGUGGUGAAGCUUCCAGAUCCCACAAUUUUCCAGCUUCUGUCCUUCUGGGUCUUUAUGCUGGCCAUGCCAUACUACAUGCUAGGCCUGUUUACCUGGCACAUGCGUUCUGUACAUACCUACACACCCUGGUUCCUGAUGACUUCCUGUGCAUUACUCAUGCUUCUUGAUGGCACUUUUUACUCAGAAUUAAUUUUUCAGCAAAGGUGGAGGAACUGGUCACAUUAUCUGAAGUUACACAUCAAAGAGAUGCUCACAUCUGCCAUUUUCAUGAUCUUCUGGCCUUUGGCCCCUUCAUUUUUCUGUGACCUUCUGUUCUACGGAGCUCUGUACUUGACCCCACUGUCACUUGUCAAGUCAGUUUGGCAGCGGACACGAGGAUAGUGAAGAUGAAGAAGCGCAUGUACCAUGUUCUUGGGCCCUUUUUUUGUGAUGCCACAAUCGUUGCAGCGUUCUGUCUCCUUGUGAUAAAUUUAGAAAAAUAAAACACGUUACUGGACAGGCACAGUGCUCAUUUUAUAUUUCCUGCACUAAAUCUUAAAGCAUAUGCACAGCUCCUGCAUUAAAUCUAUUAAGAUGGGUGUUUUAAAAGAUGAAAUUUAUAAUCAAAUGGUAUUUUAGAUGUGACUGUCUUAUUAUUCAGAUGAAUGGAAAGUUUAAUUCCUGUAUGUACAGGCAAGCAUAGCUUUGUAGUUGGACUUUCUACUGCUGCAAACUGUAAUAUUAUCUUCUGGGUUAUGAAAUGUGUGCUGCACAUGCAUCAAAUGUGAUGCAUAAUUACUCAUUCAUGUGUUAAUUUGAAACAUUAACCACUAACUUUGGGAAGUAUUAAAUGUAAUUGUGAAUUUUGUUUCUUCUUGUGAGGUAAGGGUUUAUUCUCUUAUUGUGAUGACCUUCGCUGACUAGUUAAAAUCCUAAAAAAGUAAGCAACAUCAUACAUCUACAAAGUUCAUCCAAAUGAGAUUUAGGUGGCAAACAGGCUAUUGAUUUAUUUAUGACUUAUUUUAAACAAUUUAAAUAUAUUUUAGUUAUGAGAUACAUGUGUUUUGUUGUUUAUGGGCAUGUGCAUUUGAACUCAUUUAUGUCUAUGCAUGAAUGUAAGAGAUGUUGUGCUCUUAUUCAAACCUUCAAGAUUUUCCUGUUUUUGCGAUUUGAUAAUAAGUAGAGUUAAUUUGUUUAUUUCUUCAGUAUAUUUGGUAUAUCUGAGCUUAUAUUUUUUUUCACUUCGAAUCAAAAACAGUCGGAGGCCCUUAAUGCAUUAGUUUCUGCUAUGCAUUGAAAACCUGUGGUUCUAGAAAAAUAAUUCAGUGUUAUGAGAAAAUGUUAUUUUUAAAAGCAAGUGGUUUACAGAUUAAAUUUUAACAUUGUCUGAAAAAGUUGCUUCAUUCAUGAAGAUAUAUGCAUGUUUAGAGGCCGUUUGUUCCAAGCCUCCUGGUUGUAUAUUUCAAUAAAAUUUUUUUUUAAAUCACGUUGGUUUAUCUUUAAUCUGUAUUAAGAAGUUCAAAAAUUGCUUAUCUGCUGUUGUAAACGAUUUAGAUUUUAGUAAAAAAGCUAAUUUUAUGUAAACAUUUAGAACAUCACAAUAUACAACUUGCUUCUCUCAUUUAAGUGAUAUAGAAUAAAUAAAGCUUUUUUCCUUAAAGAAAGUUUAACAGUUUCCCCCUUUGUGUGUGCAUUCUGAGGGGAAAAAACCCCAUCCAAAACAAUGAUACAUCUUUAAAACAAUUCAUAUUUGUCUAUAUUAGUGAUCAUGAUUGUAAAUUUUUUAACUUAAUUAAAAAAAAUUUGAUCAUAAAUUAUUUAUGAAUACCCUGUGAAACUUAUCUAUGACAGAUAAUGUCUGAUUCAUAACUGUUAAUAUCGUUUUGUAAAUGUAUGCAAACAUUUGCUCUUUAGUGGCAUUUGUCAUUCCAGAAAUGUCAUGUCUGCUGUUGUUUGUUGACCCCAUUGACCUACAUUGAGGGAGUUUUUUCCCUUGCACAUCAGGGUUGUGACCCUAGCUUCUAUCGCUGCUAAUGAUAAAGGUAUAGUCAUUCUCCUCUCCAACUUUGUGCAUGUGCACAGAUAUACAUAAAUGUACUUAUCAGAUAUAAUCACUGUUAGAUAAAUUUAAAUGCUAUCUUCACACCAAAGUAGAAUUUUUUUUUUUUAAUUUUGUGAGAUGGGCUGAACAUAGACUGAUUAUAUCCAUUUUUUUUUGUGCUCAUUUUUCUGUAGCAGCAUAAACUCUUACAAGAUGCCUUACCCUUACCAAUACAUCUGUAUAGUCUACGGUGUUGGCAUGGAACUUUAUUUUGUCACGUCUGUAAUUGUCAAUAAUUAUUUGCAUCAAAUUUAGUUUCAACAUAAACAUUUUUAUGUGCUUCUUUAUGGCAAAGCUGUCCCUAAUGUUAAGAAUAUAAUUAUUGAUAUCAAAAAAACAAUGAACUGUU